AUGUCUAAUGUACCAAAUGAGCUUCCUAAUGAGGAAAAAAGUACUACUACUGAGCAGAAAGAGCCAAUAACGGAUUCAAACUCGACUCAAAGAGGUAAAAAGAAGAAAUCUAGUAAGAAAUCAAGAGAUCCUGCUACACUUACACCUGAGUACAUAGAAGAACAGAGAAGACAAAGGAACUUAAAAAAAGAGAAGAAAAAACAAGAGCUCCUUGCUCAAGGAAUCGACCCUAAUACGGUGAAUACUCCGGUUGAAUUAAGAUUUAGAACAAGAGAAUUGCUUGAGCUUCCAAAUAAUGUAACUGAUGAUGAUUCAUUUAAGAUAAAAAUCAUGUCCUAUAAUAUAUUAGCGCAAGCAUUGAUUAGAAGGAAGCUAUUUCCAACAAGUGGAAAUGCAUUAAAGUGGUCUACAAGAUCACAAGUUUUGUUGUCUGAAUUCAAGCACUAUGACGCAGACAUUUUAUGUUUACAAGAAUUAGAUUUUAUCCAAUAUAACUCAUACUGGCGCAAAGAAUUAGGGAAAUUAGGGUACGAAAUGAAGUAUUAUAGAGCAGAUACUAAAAAUCAUGGGUUGGCUAUUGCAUUCAAGACAGAUAAGUUUAUUUGCAAGCAUCAAAGUUUUAUUUACUAUGAUAAAGAAACUUCAGGGGAGUUGAGACCAAGGACAGCUACUCAGAAUAUUGGGCUUUUGGCUUGUUUAGAUUUCACGCCUCAAAUAUUAUCGAAGUAUUCUAAUAUUUCAAGAAAUGGAAUAAUCAUUGGAACCACACAUUUGUUUUGGCACCCAUUUGGCACGUUUGAAAGAACAAGACAAACAUAUUUAAUUUUAAAGAAAUUCAAAGAAUUUGCUUCGACGAUGAAUACUCUUAAGGGUAAUGAUAAAGAUUGGUACAGCUUCUUCGCUGGAGACUUUAAUUCCCAACCUUUUGAUGCGCCAUACUUAUCUAUAUCUGCUAAGCCAGCGAAAUAUGCUGACAGAGCUCGUACAGUUUUAGGAUGUUCAUUAUCGUAUCAGUAUUCAAAGAAUCGAGGCGUAAUAGAUAAUGACAAUAGCAAUGAAGAUGAAGAAGACGAACAGGAAGAAGAAGAAGAAGGUGGUAAUAUUGAAAAGUUUGGAACUAAUCAACCAAAAGAUCCAGUUCCUGAGUCUUUUGAACCUACUCCGGAACAGUUAAAAUUAGUCAAUUCAAUGCAAGAUCUACACAAUUCAUUAGAUAUGAGAGCUAUUUCUUUAUAUUCCGUUGGCUACAAAUUGGUCGAUCCAGACAACUCAGGUCUUGAUAAUGAUAGAGACGAGCCAAUUUUCUCCAAUUGGGCACAUGCAUGGAGAGGCUUGCUAGACUAUAUAUUCGUAAUAAGUUCAUGGGAUGAUAAAAAUGAAUCAUUUGCUGACAAGAUAGAUACAGUUAAGGAUGUAGAACAAAAUAAUGGGGUUCGGAUUACUAGAUUAUUGAAGCUACCAUUACCAAAGGAUAUGGGACCGGAGCCUUCAGGGCAACCAAGACUUGGUCAAUAUCCAUCAGAUCAUCUUUGUUUGAUGGCUGAAGUUGCAUUAUGUUAA